AUGAGUUUAUAUUCAAGUUAUUUCAUAUGUAAGUGUUCAAUAUUCUACAAGCCUUUUUGGUAAAAAUCUCUCACUUGGAAUAUUCAUCCGAAACACUGAUUUCAAAGUUUGACAUUGCCUCCCCGCCUCCUGUGGCCAAGAUGCAUGGACUCGCCGUGUACACUCUUUUGCUGAUGGUGGCUGCUGUAUACGGACAGAUUCCUCCCUACAAUGACAGUUGCGUGCAAGUUCCAUACCCUCCAUCGAAAGAUCGGGCCGUACCCGCAUACAUCAUCAACCUUGACCUACCACCAGAACAACGCUGGGCCCAGGUCGCCAUGGAGAAACGGAAGGAGAUUGGCGGCAUUAUCAGCGAAUUCAAAAAGUUUUUGUUGAACUUCGGCGAUGGAAAAAUCUUCACUAUAAUCGAAAAGCUAGGGGACGACCUUGACAACGUGUUGCCUAGUCCUUACAAAGAGGAGCUUAGAGGAAUGGCGAAUUUUUCUGGAAUUAUGCUUGGUGAUUUGUUUACGUACAACAUUUUCUACGAGCUGUUCACGGUAUGUACGUCAAUCGUGAGCCAGGACGUUAACGGCAAGAUGUACCACGUCAGGAACCUGGACUUCGGUCUCUUCUUGGGUUGGGACGUGAAGAACCGGACGUGGGAGCUAACGGAGGUCCUGCGGCCGGCCAUUAUCAACGUUGACUGGCAGAGGGACAGUCAGAUCGUCUUCCGGUCCGUCCAGUAUGCCGGAUACAUCGGUGUCCUCACCGCCGUCAAAAAGGGUGUGUUCACAUAUAGCAUGAACGAAAGAUUUCGGCUGGAUGGAGGAUAUAUGGGUAUUCUUGAGUACAUCCAAGAUCACAAAGGUAGCUGGAUGAGUCUUAUGGCACGUGACACCUUGGAGACAGCAAAAUCCUUCGAGGAGGCAUUCAACACUUUCUCAAAUACUCAACUCAUUGCGCCUGGAUAUUUCAUCCUCGGAGGCACGAAACCCGACCAGGGCGUGGUGAUUACCCGUAACCGCGAAGUUAAUGGAACGGACGUAUGGCCGAUGACGGACAAGACGGCGGGUGGCUGGUACGUCUUGGAGACCAACUAUGACCACUGGAAGGCGCCGCUCUUCCUGGAUGAUCGACGGGGACCUGCGAACAAAUGCAUGCAACACAUGGGCCAAGAGAAUGUGGGGUUUCCUGGGCUGUUCAACGUUCUGUCAUCAAAACCAGUGCUCAACAAGUUGACGACGUAUGCUGCACUGAUGCAGGUGGACAGCGGUACUCUUGAAACCUGGCUACAAUAUUGCCCUGACCCCUGUGAACCAUUUUAGCAAUAGUUCCUAGUACUGCCCGUUAUAUAAAAUACAGCCCUAUGGCCCAAGGUUACUUGUAGACAUUAUUCUGAUGACUAAUAUAAUGCCAAGAACAUGAAUAAAAUCAGUAUUUA